UUGGAUCUCAACUGAUUCGAGGAUAGUGCUGUGUUUAUUGCUGCUCGAGGAAGAAGCCGUCUGCCGUCGACAGCAUCGCCGCCGCAUCCGCCGGUCGUCCCUCCUCUUUCUCCACUUCAGAUUGGAUACUCUCUGUUUCUGUUCCUGUUCAAUACUUUCUAUUUCCCGGGUUCGUUCCUCUCUUCCGUCCCGUGACUCCCGUCCCCUCUCUACUUUGAACUUCUCUUAUUCUCUCACUCAUUUCAGUCACUAUGUCUAUUUCAAGAGAACUAGUCAAUUGAAAAAAAAAAAACUAAGAGCAGAAUGCUAUGAAUCUCCCUUCUCUCACUUACUUCCCUCAGAAACUUGUUCCUCCUCUCUGCUCUGCUCUUACCAACUCCACCAGAAGCAGUGGUACUGCUGAUAAUAUUGCUAUUGAAGGUUGCAAUUUGAAGUUCUCGUUCACAGCAACAAGGCAAGCGAAGGUCGUGCCUGUUCUUAGGGAUUGUUCGUUUCGCAUUCCUUCUGGGCAGUUUUGGAUGCUUCUUGGACCAAAUGGGUGUGGAAAAUCUACCCUCUUGAAGAUUUUGGCUGGUCUAUUGAAUCCAACUUCAGGAAUAGUGCAUGUGAAUGAACCUAAGAGUUUUGUUUUUCAAAAUCCUGAUCAUCAGGUGGUGAUGCCAACCGUAGACGCCGAUGUUGCAUUUGGUCUUGAGUUAAUAAUGAAUGAGCUUUCCCUUUGUUGCAAUGGGAAGAGAUCUGUCCAAACUCUGAGUGGUGGUCAGAAGCAGAGGGUUGCAAUUGCCGGUGCUUUAGCAGAAGCUUGUAAAGUUCUGUUGUUGGAUGAGCUCACAACAUUCUUAGAUGAAACUGACCAGGUCGGGAUUAUCAAGGCUGUUAGAAACUCUUUGGAUACCUCUGCAGGAGUUACAGCAUUAUGGGUGACCCAUCGUUUGGAAGAACUAGAAUAUGCAGAUGGGGCCAUAUACAUGGAGGAUGGGAAAGUUGUCAAAUAUGGAGAUGCAGCUAGCAUUAGGAGUUUCAUUGAAGCCAAGCAAUCUGAAUAUCUUUCAAAUGCAUAUUAGGUAAGAAAGGGCAAGAAAUUUCGGUUCAAGGUGGAGUAAUUGAUGAUUUGGCACAGCAUUUGAUUGAACAAUAUGGAGUUACAAAAAGAUACAUUGAACUUCUUGAUAAAACCAAGAAAUGAACAAAACAUAAAAGUGGUUGUUUGUAACACCCAUUUAAUACUCUGCUUGGAUGUGAGAGUUGUCAGUUGUAUGAACUAAAACAUGAAGUGCUUAAAUGAUCAAUUUUAAAUACUCUUCCAAGUUCCAACAUUGGUUGAUGUUUUACUAAGUGAUUAAUGAUAUACA